AUGAACAUUUUAAAUAUUUUAAGUAUUAUUUUUCUAAAAUUCAUCAUUACUAAUGCACAAUUUGAUCCACAUUGGAAGGAGGGGAGGAACACAAUUGUUCAUUUAUUUGAGUGGAAAUUCCGAGACAUCGCAGAAGAAUGUGAGAAGUUUUUAGCACCACGAGGAUUUGCAGGCGUGCAAGUCUCACCUGUUACUGAAAAUGUUAUUAUCAAAAAUCGACCUUGGUGGGAGAGGUAUCAACCAGUGAGUUACAUAAUAGAAUCUAGGUCAGGAAAUGAAUCAGAAUUCGCAGAAAUGACAAGACGUUGUAAUGCAGUCGGAAUUCGAAUCUAUCCAGACGUAGUCAUCAAUCAUAUGUCAGGUGCAAGAGGUUACGGGCUUGCUGGAUCUGAAGCAAAGACUGAAAUAUUCAGUUUUCCUGCAGUUCCUUACUCAAACUUAGAUUUUAAUACAGGAUGCUCGAUCAACAAUUAUGAUAAUGCUAUUGAAGUCCGUAACUGUGCAUUGAGUGGUUUGCCAGAUUUGAAUCAAGGCAAAGAAUAUGUCCGUGAUAAAAUUGUUGAAUAUCUUAAUCGAUUAAUUGAUUUAGGUUCAGCUGGCCUACGAGUUGAUGCCUGUAAACAUAUGUGGCCUGGCGAUUUGGAAAUAAUUUAUAAGCGAUUACACAAUUUAAAUACAUCACACGGCUUCCCGGAAAAUGCACGUCCAUUUCUCACACAGGAGGUUAUCGAUUUAGACUCACAUCCAAAUGGACGAACAAUUUCCAAAUAUGAAUAUAUUGGAUUAGGAACAGUGACUGAGUUUAAAUUUUCAGCUGAGAUUGGAAAACUGUUUAAUGGAAAGAACCAACUUCAAUGGACGAGGAAUUUUGGUUCUGACUGGGGAAUGCUACCAUCUGAUAGAGCUUUGACAUUUGUUGAUAACCACGAUAAUCAAAGAGGUCAUGGAGCAGGUGGAGCAGACAUCUUGACAUACAAAAACCCAAGACCAUAUAAAAUGGCAACUGCAUUUCAUCUGGCAUGGCCAUAUGGAAUUUCAAGGAUUAUGAGUAGUUUUGCCUUUGAUAAUACUGAUGAGGGACCUCCUAUGGAUGAUAAAGGUGACAUAAUUUCCCCAAAAAUCAAUGAAGAAGGUGCAUGUACUAAUGGAUGGGUUUGUGAGCAUCGAUGGAGACAAAUUUAUAACAUGGUUGAAUUCAAAAAUGUUGUUAAAGACACGCCGGUUGCAAAUUGGUGGGAUAAUACAAAGAAUCAAAUUGCCUUUUCACGUGGAAAUCGUGGAUUUAUUGUGUUUAAUGGUGAUAACUUUGACAUGAAUGAAUGGUUCACAACGGGAUUGCCAGCUGGAAUUUAUUGUGACGUUAUUUCUGGAAGUAAGAAUGGAACAUCUUGUACAGGAAAAUCAAUGACAGUUUUUGAUGAUUCACGUGCCUUUGUAUCAAUUGCGAAUAGUGAUGAGGAUGGUGUCAGGGCCUAUCAUAUAGGUGCUAAAUUAUAAAUUAUUU